CGAUUAGCAUUUUGCGCGUGUGAGGUCUCAGAAAGAGUCUAGCAAAUGGCGUCGUAGUCUAAAAAUUGUGACGGACUGAUGAAAGCUACCCAUCCAUAUUCCAUUUCUGUGGAAGUUUGAGCCUUGAUUUCAAGUAGUAACAAGAAAUCAUCAAGAUGAGCACAAGCAGUGAUGAUACGCAGUUUAACUGCAGGCUCUGCAACUUUGUUGGAGGUAGCAAGACUGAGAUUGCAGAGCAUUUCCUGACAGAACACAUAGAGCAGUAUGUCUCCCUCAGCAAGGCAACUCCUUCAAAAGCAUCCAAGAACGAGACUGAAACUGUAAAAGAAACUAAAGAAAAGGAAGAGGAGCAAAAAGCAGUGGAAUCAGAUAAUGAGGACGUGAUAAGUGAAGAGCAGGCAAAAGAAGAGGAGAAGAAAUCAACCAAGACCUUAGAUGAAAUCCUUAAAAGGAAGCUGGAGAAAGAUGCCGGUCCUGGUUUUGGCAGAGGGAUGCGGAGGAGGAAGAAGGCUACCCCGAUCAAGUAUUCCAUGGAUGAUGAUGAAGAAGAAGAUGAAUGGCUACCCAGGAAAGAGCCUGAACCGUCCAAAACCAUCUAUGUACGCCAACCUUCCAUACUGAAUAAAGGACGUGGAAGGCAACGCAAGAAAGGGAAGCGUGGACGUCCGCCGAUGGUUGGAUUUAAGAAAUCUAAGCCGAAGAGUGCUCCUCCACCUCCUCCUAAACAGCCACCACGUAAAACAAAGAUUGAUAUAAGAAAGAGGUCAGAUGAGAAGAAUUUGCCAAUUCCAUACUAUGUUUUUAAUAGAAUCUUAGACGAUAGAGUGGAAUCAUGGUUCAAGAACUACAAAGAAAAGCGGGAUGCGAUAGAAAUGAUCCGCUGUCCAAACGAUAGAUGUGCCAAUGUAAUGAGUGUAGAUGAGAUGGCUGUCCAUGAGAAGUGUCAUGUUCCAAAUCUUGAUGGAUUUCGUUGCUGCGAAUGUGGUUACAUCAGUCUCCACUGGGCCAAAAUGAGGGUCCACUAUCGGUCUGAUCACAACUCGAAGCUGAAUGCUGCCACGUGUGAUUUUGAAGGCUGUGAGAAGGUAUUUCCAUGCAUUGGCACUAAGCUCCUGCAGAGUCAUGCCAUCAAAGCACACUUCAAGCCACAGCUUUUAGCAAGGCUAAAGAGUCCGGACUUUGAUCCAUCAGAGUAUGACAAGUUCAUGCAAGCCCCUGAAAAUGAGGCUGACAGGCAGUCAAUUGCAAGAAAACGUGGUAAUAAGCGCACUGCAGAUGUUGAAGAUGAAGAAGAAGAAGAAGAGGAAGAAGAAGAGGAAGAGAAUGAUACUACUAGUAAGCCAAAUCCAAAAAAGCCUCGUAGGAAAAAGUUUAAGCGCUACAAGGUCCAUGUAUGCACUAUCUGCUUUGCCAGAUUCAAGGAUGAAGGGGAGAUGUUAUCUCACAAGGAUGCACAUUACAAGGACAAUUCCAAGGAUAUAAUCUACUGUACAGAGUGCACAGAAUACAAUGCCUCUGAAGAAGAAACCAUGCGUAAUCACUUAGCCACUGUCCACAAGAGGAUGCUGCACUUGCAUCGCUGCGACGAGUGCAACAAUUUCUCAACCAACCACUACCACGACUUGAAGAAACAUCUGGUCACCCACACAGGCGCAAAGAACUAUAUGUGUGAGCUGUGUGGCAGGCGCACCACCACGCCCUUCAACUUGCGUAUACACUACAGGCGUAUCCAUGCUUCAGAAGAUGAGAAGAAACACCAUUGCAUGUCCUGUGACUACAAGUGUGCUGACAAAGGCAUCCUCAAGGAACACAUCAAGCACAAGCACGGCCUCUUGCUGAAUAAGGACAGCUAUGGAAGACCGAAGCCAACUCCCACCUAUGCCUGUACAGUGUGUGACUAUGUGGGCCGCAAGCCGAAGAGUCUCGAAUACCACUCCCGCAUUCACAAGGAGAAUCGCCAGUUCAAAUGCCACCUCUGCCCGUAUGCCAGCAAGACAAAGAACAAUCUAGUACUGCAUGUCCGUACUCAUGAAGGGCUGCAACCCAAUAAGUGUCCUCACUGUGAUUUCAAAGGUGCAACCAAUAAGAUUGUGUCUGAGCAUAUCAUGAGCAAGCACGCCAAGGUUCGCCCCUACCGCUGCAACGUGUGUGGCUGGACAGCUGCCUACAACGGCAACAUGUGGAAGCAUGUGGAGAACCACCAAAAGAUCCUUGGAGAUCAGAUGCCAGAGUUUCCCGUCAGUGUCCUGUCCAACAUAGAUGACCUCAACAUGCCCACGCCUCUACGCGCUCCCUCCGGCAAAAAGCGUGGCCAAGGGAAAGACCCUACCUCGCCAUCGUCGCCGACCUCGAGGCCCAAAGCCAAGAGGAGUCGUCCCAAGUAUGCAGAGCCUCCGAGCGGUGUGAUCCUUGCCAAUAGGUCUGUUGUGCAGGAGGUUCCUGUAACAGUGACGGUGACUCACGUAGAACAAGAACAACCACAGGCUCAAGCUCCACCUCCUCCUCAAGCUCACACACUGCCAUUGCCUUUGCCUCGGUCAUCAAUCACGAGGGAAUGGUCAUACAGAUGGUGAAUGUGGAACCAGCUCAUGAUGUGCAGCCACACCAUGUGAAGCUCAGUGCUGAUAACCAGAUCAUCCGUCACCACCCCAUGAUAGAGUACAGCAGUGUGCCACCGG